AUGACAAGCCUUUCAGAAACUUUGGGAUUGGCAAGAAUUACAGGUAGAGGAACAUCGGAAAGAUGUAAUCAUAUUUUGCGGGUUAAAUUAGGGUCCUACGAUCCAUUUUUAGAAGAUGACUUAGUAGGUGUAGUGACAGAUGGUGCUAGCGUUAUGACUGCCAUGGGUCGUCAAAUACCUUCAUUUCACCAAUUAUGCCUCGCACAUGGAAUUCAGUGUGCAGUGGUGGAUGUCAUAUAUAAGAACUUAUAUAAUCAGAGUGUAGAAACUGUCGAAAAUUCAGAAGAAAUAGACACAGAGGAGACAUUAUCUACAAUAGUAGAUUCAGAGGCAGAAGAAUCAGAAGAUGAAGAAACAGAUGAAAAUGACGAUGGACAAGGUUUUGUAGUUAGUAAUGCAGAAACCAGAAGUGAAUCCAGGCUUAAUAUCGAUUAUAAGGAUUUGAUUGUUAAUGUACGAAAGGUAGUGAAGUUUUUCAAGAAGUCUCCAACUAGGACAGAAGUUUUAAAUAAACAUGUCCUUGAAGAUAACAAAAGAGCGGGCCUGGUUUUAGAUUGCAAAACGCGGUGGAGCAGCAUGGCGGACAUGGUUUCAAAAUUUUUGCUUUUAAAGGAUGCAAUAUUAAAGGCACUGAUUGACUUGAAAGAAAAAAACUAUGUUCAGUACCUACGAGCUUGA